AUGAAAGCCCUACAAGAACGAGUUCCAGCCUUGAUGGUGGACGAAAGAUCAACCGAUUUUUACCCAAGAAAGGAAAGGAUGCCUCUUGAACUGCAUCAAUCUGAACAACGUAUUAAAGCCAAACGGCUGCAGUACAACAGGAAUCAGUUGUUGUAUUCAGGUGAGAUCAACCUAAGAAUGUCCUCUUCAUGCAUACUAAAUGAAGAUCUUCGCGAUAAUAUAUUUAUUAAACAAUGCCUGCUCAGGGGCCCGGCGAAAAACAUAUUUUCUGGAAGACGUUACGCCCUAUCAGACUGCCAGUCGUCACAUUCAUCCUAG